CUCAGUUUGUUUCUUAGGAUCGGUAGAAAAAACUUAUUUACUGACCGGACAGGCAAAAUUGGUCGUGGUCCUUGUGGGUGGAAGUGUGCUGAUACUUCAUUGCCGAAUCACUUGGACAAAGUAUGAAUGAAAUUUUGGUAUAUCUAUCGUUCUCUUUCAAUUUGUUUGCUAGUCUCUUUUCCUUUCUUUUCCGUCGUGCAGUCGUUCUGCAACGGAGGCCGGAAUGAGUGAUGAAAGCGUGAGCGGAGAGACAGGCGAGUGCUGCUGCAUUUCACACCUGUUCUUGAGAGCCGCAUCCAAUAAUCCUAACAAAAACGCGGUCAUACACGCCUCCGCUGGGGCGCAACUCUCCGGACAUCUCAAGCAGCGCGCGAAAUUGCCGUUCCCUCCCGUGUACCACGGCGAUCAGUGCUUCACUUACUCUGAUGUUUCGGCGUCCGUUGAUUCCCUUAGUGCUCGCCUCAGCUCCAUUCUCUUCCCAGCAGAAGGUAAUAAUACUUAUAAUGAGCUGCUCAAUCAUGCUCAAAUGACCAAAUCUUCAGCACCGAGGGCAGAGCAGUGGCCUGAAUUUGAGAAUUUGUAUGUGCCAAAAAUAGUGGGAUUAUUCAUGCCGCCUUCUGUGGAAUACAUAGUUGCUGUUCUUUCUGUAUUAAGAAGUGGGGAGGCUUUCAUGCCUCUAGAUCCUUCAUGGCCGAAAGAGAGGAUAUUAUCACUCAUUGGUUCGUCAGGUGCUGAUCUGAUUAUUGGGUGUGCUCCUUCAUCUGGGAGGAGUUGCAGUUACUUGCUUGAUAGAUCACAUUGGCUGGUAGAACUCUGCAGCUGUCCUGUGCUGUGCUUUUCCAUGGAAGAAAAUCGUCAAGAGUGUAUUCGGGCAACAACAUUAGUAUGUCCUUGUAAAAUUAGAGAAGAAAGACUGUUCAGCUAUUUGAUGUACACAUCGGGAUCAACUGGAAAGCCUAAAGGCGUUUGUGGCACUGAAAAAGGUCUUCUAAAUCGCUUUUUGUGGAUGCAAGAACUGUAUCCCAUGCAAGGAGAGGAACUUUUAUUAUUCAAGACAUCAAUUAGCUUUAUUGACCAUCUGCAAGAAUUUCUCGCUGCUAUUCUAACUACUUGUACAUUGGUUAUACCUCCUUUCAAUGAACUAAAAGAGAAUUUGUUUUCUGUUGUCAAUUUUCUACAGGCUUAUUUCAUUACCAGGCUUACUGCUGUUCCAUCAUUGAUUAGGGCAAUACUUCCUGCUUUGCAAAGUCAGAGUCAUAGGGGCACUUCAUUAAAAUUAUUAGUGCUAAGUGGUGAAGUUCUGCCUUUAUCCUUGUGGCAUAUGCUUUCCAAGUUAUUACCAGAGACCUUUAUUUUAAACUUAUAUGGGAGUACAGAGGUAUCAGGUGAUUGUAUGUAUUUUGACUGCAAGAAGUUGCCAAUGGUUUUGGAGAGGGAGAGGCUAACAAGUGUCCCAAUUGGUAUCCCUAUUUCUAACUGUGAUGUACUGCUUGUUUGUGAAAAUGACACACCCAAUCAGGGAGAAAUAUAUGUUGGUGGUGCGUGCCUGUGUAGUGGAUACUAUUCUGAUUAUACCGUUGUGGCUUUGGAUGGCGAAAAAUUGCCUCAUAACUCUGUUCGUAGCAGUUUCACUAAACAUGGAAGUCAACUAUUUUAUAAAACUGGUGAUUUUGCAAGACGGCUGCAAAGUGGUGACUUGGUUUUCUUGGGGAGGAAAGACCGCACUGUGAAGGUUAAUGGGCAUCGUAUUGCUUUAGAGGAGGUUGAAGAUGUGUUAAGGGGACAUCCUGAUGUAGUUGAUGCUGCUGUAAUCUCUGUAAUUUCAAUGAACGCUCAUGGGGAACUUGUGGUUCUUGAAGCAUUUAUAGUCUUAAAAGAGGAAAGAUCCUGUGAGAUAUUCAGAUCUUCUAUCCGAAGUUGGAUGAUUGACAAACUUCCGGUAGUCAUGCUUCCUAACCGCUUCACCUUUAGAGAGUCAUUACCUGUAUCUUCUAGCGGAAAAGUUGAUUAUGGUUUGUUGGAAAGUUCAUCAUCUCUCACUAAACAUGUUGAAGAUACGAUUGGUGACAAGGGAAACAGUGAUCUGUUACAAGUUAUUAAAAAGGCUUUUUGUGAUGCUUUAAUGGUUGAAGAGGUUUCCGAUGAUGAUGACUUUUUUACUUUGGGUGGUAAUUCUAUCACUUCGGCACAUCUUUCACAUAAUUUAGGGGUUAAUAUGAGAUUAAUCUAUUACUUUCCCAGUCCAUCCAAGCUUUAUCUUGCGCUUCUGGAGCGAAAAGGACCAUGUGAUUUACAUGUAAAAAAAGAUGGUAAUAUGGAGAUGAAUAUUGAUGGUGGUAAGAGGAACUUGCUUCUUUCUAUGAAGUCUGUGGCUCCCAAUCCUCUUAUCUUUAAACCACAGGGGAGUCUAUUGAACACCUCUGUUGGAAUGGAUGGCGCUAAUUCUUUAGUCUCUAAAUGCUUAAAGAUGGAUUCAAAUAUACAUUUUGCUUCAGAUGAUAUUAAUCAUGUGGGUGGGUAUCUAUGGAAUUCUUCGUUAGACUUCGUGUCAUGUUCAAUUAGCCGGAGCAACAAGGUUAUUUAUGAAGGGGGGUACAGGGGCAAUGAUGUACGCCAAGGAAGUUGGUCUAUGAAGAUCCCAAGAGGUAGAAAUGGUUUUAUGAAAGACUUUUGGAAAGUUCACAUGGAGUCUUGCAUUGAUGCAUCGCCGAUGGUUGUGUUUAGAGGCCAGGAUAUCUAUUUAUUUAUUGGAUCCCACUCUAGUAAAUUUCUGUGUAUUUCUGCCAAAAGUGGUUCUGUCAAGUGGGAGAUCAAACUAGAAGGGCGGAUUGAAUGUUCAGCAGCAAUUCUUGGCGACUUUUCUCAGGUUGUAGUUGGGUGUUAUGAAGGGAAAAUUUACUUUCUGGAUUUUUUGAAUGGCAACAUAUGCUGGACAUUCCAAACAUCUGGUGAGGUGAAGUCACAGCCAGUUGUAGACAUACGUAGACACUUGAUUUGGUGUGGAUCGUAUGACCAUAACUUAUAUGCUCUUGACUAUGAAAACCGUUGCUGUGUUUAUAUGCUUCCUUGCGGUGGAAGUAUAUAUGGAUCGCCUGCAAUCAAUGAGGUGCAUGAAACACUUUAUGUGGCUUCUACAAGUGGCCGUAUGACAGCUAUAUCAAUUAAAAGUUUACCAUUUAAUAUAUUGUGGCUGCAUGAGUUCGAAGUGCCAGUGUUUGGUUCUCUCACUAUCAGUUCUCUAAAUGAAAAUGUUAUUUGUUGCUUGGUGGAUGGGCAUGUUCUUGCAUUGGAUUCAAGUGGAUCCAUCAUUUGGCAGUAUAGAACUGCUGGUCCAAUAUUUGCCGGAGCCUGCAUUUCUGCUGCUCUUCCUUCUCAGGUGCUUAUAUGUUCCAGAGAUGGAAGUGUUUCUUCACUUGAACUGGAAAAGGGAGAUCUACUCUGGGAAUACAAUAUUGGCAAUCCAAUUACUGCAUCUGCGUGUGUGGAUGAGCACUUGCAGCUCCUAUCCGAUCCUUUGCUUAAAUCUGACAGGUUGAUUUGCGUCUGUUCCAGUUCGGGAAGCAUGUGUUUGCUUCGGGUUAGCAGUAGUUGGGAUAUCAACGGAGAGGCAAGUCAACCAGGAAUAUAUGUGCAGGAAUUUGGAAGGCUGAACCUACAGGGAGAUGUAUUCUCAUCACCUGUCAUGAUUGGUGGCAGGAUUUUUGUUGGUUGCAGGGAUGAUUACGUGCACUGCAUUACUCUUGAAAUUGAAAGUCAAGGUGAUUAGCCUCCGGUUUUUGUCCAAAAAGGCUGGGGUACACGAGAUAACCCCAAUAAAAUUUUCUUGAAUUAAAAAAAUAAAAGAAUUAAUAAAGAAAAAAAAAUUUAAGGGGUGGCUUCCUAUCCCUUGGAGGGCUAGUCUGGCCACCCCAAGGGGGGUUAUUGGGGUGGGCCAACUACCCUAGCCACUCCCAUGGCUGGCUAACCUCACCAUUUUGUGUGGAGAUCCAUCUGCAUGACUGGAGAACCCUGUACAGAGCUGAUCUUGUCACGCCAUGCAAGUUCACUUGCACAAGGUGGUUGGAGGUGGCGAGAACCAAUAGUGGGUCAGCCAACUGCAGUUCAAACAGUGUGGUUGGCCACGCUCGGGAGUGGAUGUCCAACCACUGCCUCCAAGGCUAUUUUUGAAGGAUAUGGUUUUUAAAUUCUUGUAUUUUCAAUUAUUUUUAUUUUAAAUAGUUUAAUUGAGCGUGGUUGUGUU